AGCUCCAGCGCUCCAGUGGGUGUGUUGUCAACUAUUCUACACAGACAAAAUCUGUCACUGACAGAUUCCAAAAUUUUAAUUCAAAAUUUAUUAUCAAAUAAUUUUUAAUAAUACUUGCAUAUUGCAAUCAAAACUACUAACCAAACCUUUACUUUUAAUCCUCAACAAACAUCUCCUUUAAUAUAUUUCUAACUCUUCUCCUAACCCCCUCCUAACUGUUAAUCCCUGAUUUGAUUUUUAGCCUUUCGUUCAUUCUCCCCUCUCAACGAGAGAUUUUCAGUUGUCCACCACUCGUCCUCCCAACACAUACACAUCGACCAGCGACACAAGCACAAGCACACAACAAACCAGCAAACGGAAAACAAGCAACGAAGCCAGCUACAAACUACACAAGCAUCAAAGAUGGCGAAAAUUUCUAAGGAGGAUCUGAAGAAGGAGAUUACCGCCCUCCUCGAGGAUGCGGAUCUCAAGACCAUCACUUCCAAGAAGAUACGCCAGCAAUUAGAAGAGAAACUGGACUGUGAUCUCACAAGCAGAAAAAAAGAAGUAGAUGAACUAGUACUACAGUCUUUGAAUAGCAAGAAAAAGGGUGGAUCGAAGAAGAAUGGAAAGGAGGAUGACGAUGAUGAAGAUGAUGAAGGAGGAGACGACAAAGAAGAGGAGGAAGAGGAAGAAGAAGAGGAGGAGGAUGACGAAGAAGACGAGAAACCAAAACGAGCAGCAAAGAAACCAACUCCACAGAAGCGCAAGAGGAAGUCUAGCGAAGAGAGUGGAUCUGACGCUGAUGAUAAGGAUGACAGUGAAGAAGAAGAAGAGUACAGCCCAGCAAAGAAAGCGAAGGGUGGCAAAGCGAAAGGCAAGGCCGGUGGCAAGCGUAAGAAGAAGGGUAGCGACUCAGACUCCGAUGAUGACUGGGGCAAGGGCAAGAAGAAGUCCGGCGGAGCCAAGAAAGCCGGUGGUGCGAAAAGAGGUGGUGGUGGCUACACGAAGGUGUGCAAGCUGACCCCUGAGCUGGCAGCGGUCGUCGGCCAAGACUCGAUGGCGCGUCAUGAGGUCAUCAAAAAGAUGUGGGCCAUCAUUAAGGAGAAGAAUCUAUACGACCCCAAGAAUAAGCAGUUCGCCAUCUGCAAUGACGAGUUGCUGAAGGUUUUCGGAGUCAAACGUUUCCGUUGUUUCGGUAUGAUGAAACUGUUGAAGAACCACUUUGUUGCUGACUAAAGAAAGUAGAAUGAUUUUAAUGAAUGACCGUUUUCGAUUGUAUAAAUGAAAAUUAGCAUAUUCCACAAUAGAAAUACUUGAAAUGAAAAAUAAUUUUAAGAACAUUUUUAUGGACAUAAGUCUAGUGCCCUAGCCUUAAUAUUGAUGUAAACUCUUUUUAUUGAACAACAACAAACUUUCAUCCCUCCUGUAAUUGGAUAGUGAUCCAAUUGGACAUUCAGAUCUAGUUCAGGAAAUUCUGUGUUCCUUGAGACAUUAUUUGCAGUAGACUACAUUUCUAAUUAUGUGGGAAGGAGGUGAUUUGUAUAUAUAUUGAGCCAGAUGAGCCAUAGAAUUAGUGAUCAAUUUUAAUUAAUCUUGAUAUGGUUUAGAAUAUUCAUCUACCGUAUUGGUGAGUUUAGUUAUACAAGGAUAUCUCCUUACCCCUUCCAUCAUUGCUACUCUAUAUUAUUUGCAAUCAAGAGAAGGCUGUGCAAAAGGUUAAAAAAAACUUUUUACUGGUGAUAUUUUUAGGGGUUUAUAGGUUUUUUGAUUUGUAUACUAUCAAGCUAUCAAAAUGAAAAAGUUUUCUCAGGAAAACAUUUUUUUUAUCACUGCUUUUUGAGGUAUGAGCAACUUUACAUUUAAAUUUUUGGGACAUAUCAUUUCAUAUUCGGUAGGAGAUAAAUCCAUGAAAUUUUGAGGAAGAAUAUUCUUCAUGGUAUUUUUGACUGAAUAAAGCAAAUGAAUUUGACAAGGUUAUUCAAUUUAACGAAAAUCACAACUAAAAGUUUUGGCCAUUUUUAAUAAAUUGAAUUUUUUUCUGUAAUUGGUAUUAGAAAAAAAAUUGUUUUGUUCAAUGGACAAUACCAUGAAUAAUUUAUCCUUGGAAUUUCAUGAAUUUAUCUCUUACCGAAUUUGAAAUGAUUUGUCCCAAAAAUAGAAACUUUAUGCGCUCAUAUUCCAAAAAAAAUUUUGGAAAAAAAAUCCUGUAAAAUAUUUUUCAUUUUGAUAGCUUGAUAGUUUACAAAUUAAAAAAUAUCACCAGUAGAAAGUUUGUUUUAGCCUUUGCACAGCUUCAACAUCUCAAUGUAGCGAAGGCUCAGAUUAUUUUUUUGUAAUUGUCAGCUAAGAUUAUCUGUAUUUGAAGAGUGAGAUUGGUCAAGUUGGAUGUUUUCUCAUAUUUCAAGAAUCAGUCCAGUUUCAGAUAUUUAAAUGUUUGCUGUUGAUUCGGUUUUAUUUAUAAAUAAAGCGAGUGUGUGUAUGUAUUUCUAAGGAUUGAAUAAAUGUACUGCAGAUGUAUUAACUUUUUAUUAAAAAAUAUAGUGAAAUUUUGUAUGUCA